AUGCAUCAAAGCGGUGGGAAUCGAAGUAGAAAUCAUCCAAGUGGACGCAAGCCCAAUUGGAGCACUCGAAAGGGUUUUCCAGAGGAGGCAGGAGGUGUGUCGAAUCCUGGCGCCGUGGAGGCGCCCAUCGGUUGGAAUAUUAAAUCCGCCCAUUUGGAAUACUCAAGGGUUAAUCAUUUUGACGAGUCGAUACCCUCCAGAUCCUCCUACUGUCGACGGGAACGAGGUCAUCGAUUACCGACCUCGGGACGAGUCAAACAAUCACAACAUUUAGGUCCAACGACCUCGUUAUCCCCCGCGGUGGUGUAUGGCGCAGGUCUCUGUCGAACGGAGGAGGUGGAGGUGGUACUGGAGGCCGCGCCACCCCAAUCUCUAGGCGGGGAGUCCCGCCGACGCUUCGGAGGAUACCCUGCCAGCCUCUUCGGCUUCUCCCUUCAGCCACCCCGUCCCCAGACUCGGCACGACGAACCUCUCACCAACUUCCCUCUCAUUGCAAACGUCAUUCCUGGUGGACCUGCCUUCCAAUCCGGUGUAAUCCAGGCCGGUGAUUCGUUAUUGGCCAUUCAAGGCGAUUCCCCCCUCGGCAAGACUAUCGACAAACUGACGGCACGCUACCUCUCUCCCCCCACCGACACUGUCAAUAGACACCUCGCCUUGGUGACCCAGUAUACCGUCGCUGAAAAUGUUAUCCCCAGCAGUGGCGUCUUCGAUGUGCGUAUCAUUAAGCGCUCCUCCAGCCUCGGCAUUAACCUUCAAGCCCUUCGGUCGGCAGGCCAGAAUGGUUCAGGCGAAUUCCAUCUUUCUUGCCCGCCAAUGACGCCUCCUCAAAAGCCAAUGGGAGAGCAAAAAGGCGCAGCCAUUUGGGUGCCAAACUAUCGUGGCGAACGUCACUAA